AUGGACGAAACUCCCAGCCCAUACUUCACACCGGCAGCGAAUGACCUUCUGCUUGCCGUAUGCCGACAACUGGAGAUAAAUGAGAAGCAGAAUGAGGUAAUUGCUGACCUGCGUGCUCGUGAGCCCGGAAAUGAGUCGGCGCUGGUGGAGGACCUUUUCAAUCCACACAUCGACAAACUGAAUAGGGCUAGUCAUGUGGUAGCUUUCUACAAGACCAUCAGGUACGAGCGCAAACUCAUCAAGAUUCGAGUCACUCCGGGGACCUACAUUCUUCAGGCUAAACGUCGUUCUCAAGUGUCAGAGCAUUCUAGUAUCACCACUGAGAGUACAGAAACAAGUGCCACUUCGGAAGGCACAUCUGGGAACUCUUCAACGUAUAUAGAACUGAUUGCAAAGGUAAAGGAACCACUUCCAGAUUUAGAGGUGGACGAUGGGAAUGUUGGAAGGGUAGUCUCAAGGAGGUCAGGAGAAAAUGCAGAGGAAAGGGAAGCAGAAGGUACUGAGGAACAGGAAGAAGGGGAAGAGGAAGAAGACGAAGAAGAAGAGGGAGCAGAAGAGGGGCAAUACGAUGCAUCACAAUACCUGCUAUUCGCCCGGACGUACACUAGGGUAAACCUUCAUGCUACUUCCAUUCCCCUUACCGACGGGGAGGCCAAGGAAAUGGGUGUGGAGCGGUACGUCUAUGCUCUGCGUUGCCGUGACCUCGAGACGUCACUCAGUCCCCUUCAGCGUGAUGAGACACCACCCAUUACCAGCUUCUUCGAGACUGGCGUCAUCCUCUUUCCCACACUUGUCUCUUCCAGAGCAGUUGUUAUCAAAGUCUUCCAGCCUCUACUGGCCUACUUAUCGCACAGGAACGCCAGCAUGAACCUUGACUUGGAGGACGAUUCGAGCGUAGAUGACGCUUCUGAUCCAAUGCUGAGGGCUGGGGAGCGCCAUUUUUCCACAACCGCCAAUAUGAACACCACCGAAAUGGCCGCAGGUGAGGGAGAAAUAGUGACGCAGGUUGCCACUGGAGAGGCGCAGCGUCUGCGCGAUGAGUUUGCUGUAAAUCUGCAGAAAUUUCAGAGUGUACUGACUGAGACUGAGUCCGCUCUUCAUGGAGUCUUUCACCUACCUGCGCCUGACUUUCCGUUACCAACGAUGCAACAGUGUCUUGCUGGGCUGCCGCCCGAGAUGUUUGAGCCUUUUCGGAGUCUGAUCGACAAUUGGAACGCAGCCAUUGACACGACGAUCAACGACCUGAACAAACCUCGACCAGUGACUGUAGGGCCGUUGGAGGAGAUAGAAUACUGGCGGCACCGCUGCAAGACCCUCACCACUGUGAAUGAGGCGCUGCGUAGCAAAGAAGUUAUAGAAGUGGCGGAGCGUUGGAAUGCUCUCCCUAACCCUGAUGCCACGCACUUCGAUCGCGGUGCUGAAAUUCGCGGGCUAAUGGCGGAGGCUAAAGAUAAUGCCAGGUUCCUCCUCCUGGUUGAACGCCACUUCAAGAACGUUCAGUUUGCCCAUGGCUUCAACAUGGUGGCGGACACAGUUCCAGCAAUGCUUCAAUCCCUUCGUCUAAUCUGGACUAUCUCAAGGGGCUACAAUAAAGAUGAACGAAUGGGUCCUCUGCUGCAAAAGAUCGCUUGGUCUCUCUAUGACCGCGUCAUUCGAGUCAUGCACAUUCCCACUCUCUUCAGUCGCUCUGUGCAAGGCAUCCUUCGCGAAACAGGAGCAGCAGUUCGGAUGCUCACCAUGUUCGAGACCACCUACAUGCAGGAACGCCAGCGCGUGGAAGCCACGUCACGGGACAAUCGGUGGGAGUUUGAUCGCAAGCUCCUGUUCGGUCGCAUUCACUAUGUUACACGUGUUCUACAGGACAUCCUUGACAUGGCAAACUGCGCAAAGGAAUUUUAUCGCAUGUUUGGACCCGAAUUGAAGAAUAUAACAGGGCAGAGCAAAUCGUUGACCGAGGUCCUGCGCUUGGUGGAUAAUUUAUUUAAUCCACUCAAAAACCCGAAUAUGAAGUGUCCUUUCCUUCCCCAAAAUGAAAAGUCCUGGAGCCGCUUACAAGAGGAAUUCGCCGAUAAGGUGAACCUGAUUGACGCCAAAGCAAAGAACUUCAUCAACGACUACUUCGCUCACAUCCGUGGUGCAAACAACGCCUUCAAUCUACUUGAACGCUUUAAGGCUGUGAAGGCUCGUAGUGCCAUUAGCUGCCUCCUGAAGGACAAGUAUCGCGAUGUCCUGCACAGCUUGGGAGUGGAGUUGUCCCGAGUAGAACGUCGUUUCAUGGAAAACAAGGACGACCCAGAGCCCGGACAUUACAUCCCACCAGUAUCGGGAGCCAUUCGAUGGGCACGUUUGACCCUAAAUACCGUCAAAUACAGUAUUGUACGUUUUCUACGCUCGCAGCCAGAGCUGUUUGAGGAGCAAGAGACUGAAGCAGAAGCGGAGGUGGAGGAAGAACUGAGCCAGAACCAGGGAGCAGGUGAUCAGGAGAAAGAUGAUACAGAAGUAAAACGAAAACGCGGUCGAAGUGUGCGUCAACAGUACAUUGAAUUGGCGCAUAAGCUUCGAGAUUUUGAAAUGGAGAAAUUUAAAGGAUGGGAAAACGACAUUAUCACCUCAUUAAGUGCUCGACUUGGCCAAUCCAUCCUCUUCAAAAAUCCCACUGUUGUGCCUUUUCACAAGGCAGCAGUGAAUAUCAAACCGCCACCAACGUGGUGGGCAGGAGUUCCACCUCCUGAUCUGGAAUUACCAGUACCGUUUACAUUUCGUGAUUCAGCCACCUUCGAAGAUAACGCUUUUUUGCGUUCCACCAUGGGCCCUUUCAAUGCGGUUCCCUCUAUAGGCCCCAAUGCUGUUGAUAUUAACGACGACAUGUACAAACAUCACUCCACGUUUAGCCUUCAAAAGCCUAGUGUAUAUGAAGAAAAUCUCGGAUACGAGUCGGCUCCUGUUUAUGAGGUUAAUUUCGAUUCCAACAUAUGGGCCACGAUCGCAGAGGCAGCUCGUCUAGAGUUGUUAGGUGUGCGUGUUCCUGAAAUGGCCAGGCUCCUGGGUCUGCGUCGUCGCUACUUCCAAAACAUCGUACUACGACUCCAGGACAUUGUUGACCGUUACGAGGGUGUGCGACGCAAUUUAAGCCCCAUCAAAGUCGCUCUCCUGCGGCUUACUCUUCAGGACUUUGUUGCUCACUUUGAUCGUGGAGUCAACUACCUAAAUUGGGACAGCUUAGCGAUUGGUGACUUUCUGGAGUUGGCUGAGAAAAAAAUCCAGUUAUUGGAAACACAAUUUAAGGAGAUAAAUAAGUGCUUCUCCAGUCUGGAUCAGGUCUGUCGCAGGAUAAAACGCAUGAACCUGUUCAAGGAGCAGUCACGUGCAGUGCUAGUCUCAGCCAAAGAGUUUCUCGACUACGCCGAGACGGCGCGUGAGAACGACAUGGAAGAGUUGGCCACAUCCACCCAGAACACCCUUGCCAAUGCCUUGGGCAAGUUGGAGGAGGCUCUUUUUGACACCAGCACGCAUCGAUGUGAACAAAUGGCCUCCGUCUACCAAAUGUUUGAGCAAAGAUUGUUAGAAGCACUUGUCAACAUGGUUCUAAGGAAUGUCUGGAACUUCGUCGAUCGGCUGGGUGGGUUGAAACCGAUCUUUCAUAUCGAUGUUCUUCUCUCUAACUCCGACAUCUUACUCUACCCCACAACGGGAGACCUCUACAAAUGGAUGAUCCAGACCAUUCACGGCUGCACAGAUAGCACGCGUUUCUUUGUACGAUGGAUGCGUGGCACCUGUGUCAUCUGCCCCUCCACUCGAGGUGGGGAUGGGGAGCGAGUAGUAAAUAUUAACUUCUCACAGGAGCUGGAUCGCUGCUCUCAGAUCUACGAACCCGAGGCUGUCUUUAAUGAGAGGGUGAUCAAGCUUAACCGAAUGGUCAUUGACUUUCUGAGGCGCCUUGUGCUCUAUACCAUGCUCUGGCAUCAGGACAAGAUGAACGUGGUGGAGAAGUGGGUGCAUAAGAAACCACGCACAACUCGGGACUUCGAGAUCCGCAUAAUGACAUUGCAGAAUUGGGCAGAGAGCCUGUCUCGUAUCAUUGGGCCAUUGCGAGUGGUUCUGGCGGGUGCGUUGGGUCUGCGAAUGGGAUCCUUCAUGGACAGUGUCUACACCCAUCUCAGUGACUGGCUGCGCAUCUAUCUGCGCUUUGUGCAUGAAACCGCGGAACAGAAGUAUGCCAGUGUCAUGAAAAUCCUGCUAGUAGGUCUUGCUGUUCUUUCCCUCUCUCUCUUGGAGAAACGAGAGGUGCUAAAAAAGAAGCCUGUCUCACUGGUGCAAAUGAAGCAGCUGCUUAGCGUAAUGGGCGAGUUGGAAGGCGGAAUGUGUGAAGUGGUGGAUGAGUGCGUCAGUGACAUUACAGAGCGCUACCGCCUCCUCCGCCAAUAUGGUGACCCUGAGUACCUUCAACAGGUGCCUAAGGAACACUGGAACUCUCCCAACACAUUACGUCGCCGCUGGAAUGCCAUCAUUUUACGCUCUCUAGAAAUGGCCGCCAACAUCGCACCUAUGAAAUCUCAGUUUGCUGUUGGAGUGCGUGAUGCUGUGCAAGACUUUAAACGAAGGGUUAUGCUCUUUGUUGAGGACUAUAAGCGAUCGGGUCCAGGGACCGAAUCUCGCAAUCUCGACAAUGGCCAGAAGAGUCUUCUCAAGUUCACCAAGUUUUGUGAUAACCUGGAAACGGAACGAAUAGAUCUGCUUAGCAGCGAACGCCUCCUUGGACUUCCAAUCUCCUCCUAUCCUGAGCUGAAGACCAUUCAAUCAGAGCUGCACAAGUUGAAGCCAAUCUAUGAACUCUACAAUCAACAGAAGACUGCACGACAGGAUUGGGCUUUGGUGCUCUGGAAAGACGUCAAUAUCAAGUCAAUUCAGACUGCUACUCAGGAAUUUAUUGACACCUUUAAGGCAGCACCCAAAAAGAUUCGUUUGCUUCCCUGUGCACGGAAGUUGUACACAGACUUGAAAAACUUCCAAGAAUCACUUUUGCUGAUUGUUUACUUGAAGGACGAGGCUCUUAGAGACAGUCUGUGCAUCACGGAUAGGCACUGGAAGCAGCUAAUGGAGAAGACGGGGAUCAGCUUCGAUAUUGACCCAUUAACAUUUACCUUGGAGGGUGUCUUUGCAAUGGAACUACAUCAUUACUCCGAAGUGAUCGCAGUUAUCGUAGCUAAUGCUCAACGGGAACUCGUCAUUGAACAGAGCCUGGAGGAGAUACAGCGCAUAUGGAAGGAAAUGAAGUUCACCCUCACCAUGUACACCAAGUGCAAAGGUCAGGCGUGUCCGGUACUAGGAGGUUUGGACGAUACCACCAAGGUGUUGGAGGACAACAUGCUGAGUCUGCAGUCGAUCAGUGGAAGUCGCAAUGCAGCACCUUUCAUCAAUACGGUGCGUCAGUGGGAGAAAGACCUAAGCACUGUUAGCGACAUCCUUGAGAAAUGGGUGAUUGUGCAGCAGAAGUGGAUGUAUCUGGAAGUAAUCUUUGUGGCUGGUGACAUCGCUAAUCAGUUGCCGAAUGAAGCAAAAAGGUUUCAAAAAUUGGAUGCCACAUUUCGUAAGCUAAUGAAGGAGGCGAUGGAGGUACAGUUUGUCAUGAAGACUUGCCUCGCUGAUCGUAAGUUGGACACGCUGACGAUGCUGCAGAACGAACUAGAGUUCUGUCAAAAGGCGCUUAAUGACUAUCUGGAUGCAAAGCGCAACGCUUUUCCGCGAUUCUACUUCAUCUCUGAUGACGAGAUGCUCUCUAUUCUCGGUGGCAAGGAGGUUGAGUCCAUUCAGGAGCAUAUUGUUAAGAUGUUUGAUAACAUAAAAGGUUACCGGUACCGUCAAGAUGGAAAGAGCACAAUUAUUACAGCAAUGGUGUCCUGCGAGGAGGAAGUGAUGCCUCUGAGUCGGCCAGUCUACGUGGUGGGUAAGGUGGAGGAGUGGCUUCUGGCCCAGGAGGCCGAGAUGCAGCGCUCCAACCGCCUCAUUACCAAACGUGCUCUCUUCUACUACUGUUAUAAGAAUUCGGUUGGUCCUUCUAUUUCGCAGGGCAUGGUUGUACUGGCCACCACGCAGAUCUGGUUCACCUGGGAAACUGAAGACGUCUUCAAGCGCAUGAAAACAGGUCAACGCCGUGCCCUGAAGGACUUUAACCGUAAACUCCUCGAGCAGAUCUCCCAGAUAGUCCGUAUGGUACGUGGCUACUUGGAGCCCAAUGUAAUGAAGAAGCUCGAGACUGUGCUCAUUCUUGAUGUACAUGCCAAAGACAUCAUUGAAAGCUUCAUUCGCGACAGCAUCCAUGCUGUUGAAGAAUUCGAGUGGGAGUCCCAGCUGCGAUUCUAUUGGGUCCGCGAUCAAGACACGCUGAAGGUGCGUCAGGUCUCUGCAGAGUUUGACUACGGGUACGAGUACUUCGGGAUGAAUGGAAGACUGGUCAUCACGCCACUCACAGAUCGAAUCUACCUGACUUUGACCCAGGCGCUUUCCCUGUGCUUGGGUGGGGCCCCAGCGGGCCCUGCAGGGACAGGCAAAACGGAGAGUACGAAAGACUUGGCAAAGGCAAUGGGACUUCUUUGUGUGGUGACCAAUUGUGGAGAGAGCAUGGACUAUAAGUCCUUCGGAAAGCUGAUGAUGGGUCUCUGCCGAGUGGGAUGCUGGGGCUGCUUCGAUGAAUUCAAUCGCAUUGAGGUCUCCGUCCUCUCCGUGGUCACCUCACAAAUUCAGGCCAUUCAGACUGCCCUUAAGGCCAAAGCCACCACUUUCCAACUAGAGGGUCAGGAAACGGUGUUGAACAGUCGUAUCGGCUACUUUAUUACGAUGAAUCCAGGCUACGCCGGUCGUACAGAACUCCCAGAAUCACUGAAGGCCCUCUUCCGGCCUGUUGUGGUAAUUGUGCCUGAUCUCGAGUACAUUUGCGAGAUCAUGCUCUUCGCUCAGGGCUUCCUCACUGCGAGGUCACUUAAACAAGCAUUGGGAUUAAUCCAGACUCUAAACUUAACGCUCGGCAAAAUAAACUGGGCAACUGUAAUUUUGUCUGCCUCCUUCCCUUUUCUACAGGAAUUAGCUAAAAAAUUGACCACCAUGUACCGACUUGCGAAGGAGCAGCUAUCCCAACAAUAUCACUAUGAUUUCGGCCUACGAGCUCUUAAAUCGGUGCUCUCCAUGGCAGGCGGAAUAAGGCGUGCCGACCCGGAGAAUCGGGAGGACAAGCUGCUAAUGCGCGCACUGAAGGACACUAAUUUGCCUAAGUUUGUGCAUGAGGAUGUGCCUCUCUUCAUGGGCCUUGUACAAGAUCUCUUCCCUGGCGUGGAACUCGUUCUCCACAGUUCAGAUCCCGAACUAAUUUUAGCAGCCACCACAAUACUUAAGUUCCAGAGGUACUCCAUCAUUGAGGAGCAGCUACAAAAGGUGAUUCAUCUGCGAGACACACUUGCAGUCCGUCACUCAGUUAUGCUUGUCGGUCCAACAUUGGGAGGAAAAACGACUGUGCUUAACACUCUGGCUAACUCUCAACGAAUAAUGGGUCUUCCUACAAAGCUGCACACUAUCAAUCCAAAAGAUCGUUCGGUGAACGAACUAUACGGCACUCUGGAUCCAGCUAGUCGCGAGUGGACUGACGGCUUACUCUCCAUGAUCUUUCGCCAAAUUAACACGCCCACAGACCAGAAUGAGCGACGCUACAUUGUCUUUGAUGGCGAUGUGGAUGCUCUUUGGAUUGAGAAUAUGAAUUCCGUGAUGGAUGACAAUCGACUACUUACUUUAGUCAAUGGAGAACGCAUUAAGCUGCAGCCAUAUUGUGCUCUUCUCUUUGAAGUCGGGGAUUUACGUUUUGCAUCACCGGCCACCGUCUCGCGCUGUGGUAUGGUCUACGUGGACCCAAAAAAUCUCAGUUAUGAGGCCUACUGGAAUGCUUGGUUAAUGAGCAUCCAUAACGAGAACAUCAAUGAGGUCUUGGAUUUCCUCUUCAAAAAAUACGUUCCCCAUUUGAUGGAUCUCAUAUUUGAAGGUAUUGCACCUGCGGGUGGGUUUGGUGGACCCAAAGUUCGCAGGCAACGUCUCUCCAAUGAAUCAGGAAAAGAUGGCGCACAGACUGGCGGCUCUGCGACACCCGCAGGAGGCGGUGGUGGUGGCAGUGGGCCUGGUGGGGGAGGUGGUGAGGAUGCCUCUAAAACGAAGAAGAUUAUCCAUGUGGUUCCCACCAGCCCAAUGCACACCAUUAUCCAGUUUUGCGCUCUGCUUUCCGGUCAAAUAGACGAGGGCAGUGAACCGGGCACUGACAAUUGGGGAAGGUUGCCCAGUUUUAUCGAGGUGGAUGGGCAAAAGUCAAAGGCAUCAAAAGAUGCGACGUUAAUGACAGGGGAGCUUGAAAUGGCAGGAGAGGGGGACGAAGCCACUAUGGCAGAGACAGAGACGUCGCGGACUGGGGCGGAGUCGUCAGUAUACACCUUGGUGUCAUUAGGAACAGGCUUAGGAACCAGUACAGAAGAAGGAGCUCUCGAGUCAGACUUAGCUGCAAGACGUGCAACAGAAAUCUCAGCUACCGGCCUCGAUCCUGUCCUUACUUAUGAUAGCCCCGAUGCUCUGGAAGCUGUCUUUCUCUACUGCCUGUUCUGGGCCUUUGGCGCUCCUAUGCAUCUACGUGAUCAAAUUAUUCUGGACGAAGCUAUCAAGGCGCUUUCUGGAUUGGGGAUGUAUGAUGAAGGGGAAGGAAUGGGUUUCGUUGCUCCUGGUGUUAUUCCAAGUCACUCCGACUACCUCUUCGACUACAUGUUUGAUCUGAAGGAAUUGCACUGGGUGGAAUGGCGCAGUCUUGUUCCCAAGUACAUUCACAAUACGGCUAUGCCCUAUCCAGAAAUCGUUGUGCCCACUGUUGAGACUGUUAAACUUGAAUGGAUUCUCAAGGAGAUGUUUCUGAUGAAUAGACCACUAAUUAUGGUUGGCGAAACUGGCACCAGCAAAACAGCUACAGCCUUGUCCACCAUUCAAUCUCUGAAUCCAGACGUUACAUGCUCUCUCGUGAUCAAUUUCUCCUCUCGUACCUCCUCCAAAGACGUUCUUCGUAGUCUUAACGCCAACGUAGAAAAACGCGCCAAAGGAGUUUAUGGACCUAUGCCGGGCAAGAAACUCAUAGUCUUUAUUGAUGACCUCAACAUGCCACAGGAAGAUGAAUAUGGCACUCAACAACCCAUAGCGCUGAUGCGAAUGAUUUUGGAGCGCGGUGGCCUCUUCGAACAGGGCAAGGAUCUGGUGUGGCGAGCACUGAAGGAUAUGACCUAUGUGGGUGGGAUGGGUCCGCCAGGUGGCGGACGCAGGUCGCUUGAUCCACGCUUUGUCUCUUUCUUCUCCAUUUUCCACUGCUUGCCACCGUCAUCGGACAGCUUGAACAAAAUUUUCGGCAGCAUCCUCACCGGUCACUUUGCCUUGGGAUUCUCAAAGAAAUUGCAAUCUAUAAUCGGUGACCUUACAAGCAUGAGCAUUGAGACGUACUUUGAGAUCAAGAACCGCCUUCUUCCUACUCCAGCAAAGUUUCAUUACACUUUUAAUCUGAGAGAUAUUUCAAGGGUGUUCCAAGGGAUGUGUCAGGCCACUUCAGCAAGAUUCAAGGGACCUAAGAAGGUCCUGAGGUUGUGGAGACAUGAGGUCCUCAGAUGUUUUCAUGACCGUCUCAUCAACAAUGCUGACCAGAAUAUUGUAGAGGGAAUCAUAGACAGUAUGCUGAAGAAGUACUUCAGAGAGGACAUGGAUUACGCUAUGAUGAAUCCGAUCAUCUUUGGUGAAUACUGGGCUGCGGGCACCGAGGAGGAAGUAGUUUACUACGAAGAUAUGCAGGACUUCGACGUAUGCAAGGCUAUCGCAGAGGAGUUGCAAGUGGCCUACAACGAGCAGGUGGGUAAUCUCAACUUGGUCCUAUUCAACGACGCAUUGAACCACUUGAGCAUCAUACAUCGAAUCCUUCGAUUGCAAGGCAGUCACGCUCUGCUUGUGGGAGUCUCAGGUUCAGGCAAGAAAGCUCUGGCCAAGUUAGCUGCCUUCGUUGCGGGACUUCGUACCUUCGAAAUCAGCUUGAGCAAGACUUACGGCGAGCCAGAGCUCUGCGAGGACAUCAAACGAUUGUACAUGCAAAUGGCGGAAAAUACUGACCAAUAUACUUUCAUAUUUACGGACACUCACGUUCGUAACGAAGGAUUCUUGGAGUUCGUAAACAACAUUCUCACUACUGGCUGUCUGGUGUCGCUCUUCUCAGAAGAGGACAAAGAUGGUGUGAUCAACAAUGUAUGGCCUAAGGCGGAGGCUGCCUUGAGAGCAAUCGGGGGCGUUGGGGCAAACGUCACUAAAGAGACGGUAUGGAAGUGGUUUGCUCGUGAUUGCACCUCCCGUCUCCACAUGACUCUCUGCAUGAGCCCCGUGGGAGACGAUCUGCGAACGCGUUGCCGCAACUUCCCUGGAAUUGUUAACUGCACCACCAUAGAUUGGUUUUUCCCGUGGCCUGAGCAGGCACUCUAUGCUGUUGCCUGUAGCCUCAUUGAUCCCAAGGUUUGUACCAAUGCCCAAUUAUACUCACUUUUUUGUUGUCCUGUUGAAGACCAAAUUGUACCACGCAAGCACUGGGAGGCGGUGAUAGUGAACAUCGUGAACAUCCACAUCUCCGUUAAGGAGGCCUCAGUGGAGUUCAAGCAACAGCUGCGACGCGACAACUACGUCACCGCCACCAACUACAUCGGCUUCAUUGAAGGCUACAGAAAACUGCUUAGGGAGAAAACAGAAGAAAACGAAGCAAGCCAGGACCGAUUGAAGGUGGGUUUGGAGAAGUUGAAGGAGACGGCGAAACAAAUCGACGAGUUGAACACCAAAAUGGCAAUCCAGAAGGUGGUGCUGGAAGAGAAGACGUUGUCAUGCGAGGAGUUGAUGAGGGAGAUUGAGGAGUCUACUAAGGCUGCCACCAUCAAAAAGACGGAGGCUCAGGCCAAAUCCAUCGAAGUUGCAGCACAGCAGAAGGUCAUCACAAAGGAGAAGGGCGAAGCCGAGGAUGCCUUAGCCGAGGCCCUACCAGCAUUGGAAGCUGCAAAAAGGGCUCUGGAUGAGUUGGAAAAAGCUGAUGUCACUGAAUUCCGUGCCUUUGCAACUCCACCCAAACCAGUUCAACUUGUGGGAGAGUGUCUUUGUCAUGUAAUGUCGGCAGCAGAAAUAAGCUGGAAGUCGGCUCGUGGUCUAAUGGCUGAUGCCAAUUUCAUUGGUACUCUGCAGACUAUGGACUGUGAAGCGAUUCCUCAAAGAAAUAUUAACGCUAUCAAAGACCUCAUCUCCAAACGCGGCAUUGGUUACGAGGAGGUGCGAGCAGCCAGCAAGGCAGGUGGUGGUUUCUUCAAGUUCAUCCUCUCUGUGGUGGGAUUUUAUGACGUGGCAAAGAUGAUUCGUCCAAAACGCGAACGAGUGAAGGCUUUGGAGCGCGAGUUGGCCAAAGCCGUGCGCGAAUUGCAGAUGUUGACGGAUCAAGUGAAUCAACUUGAGGAUAUGCUGCUUAAUUUGCGACGUCAAUUUGCUGAAGCACAAAGUGAGAUGGACCGAUUACGGAAUGAGAUGAAUAUAAUGCUGAGGCAGCUAUUGGCUGCUGAAAAACUGACCACAGGUCUGGCGUCGGAAAAAAUUCGGUGGAUUGAGACAGUUGCUGCCCUUCAACAUGGCAAAAAAAAGCUGAUGGGCCACUGUCUCCUGGCCUCCGCUUUUCUCAGUUACUUAGGUCCCUUCACUCAGGAGUUCCGAACACGUCUGCUGUACAAGGAGUGGUUUGAUAAUCUCGUUAAUGAUGAUGUGAGGUUCUACUCCAUUAUUUGCGUCUCUUCCUUCUUGCUUCCCUCCAAUAUAAGUUUCCUUCGAUUUGCACCACAGAUCCCCAUGACAGAGGGCUUCAAGGUUGACGAGUUGCUUACCACUGAAGUGGAAAUUUCCACUUGGAAUUCUCAGGGCUUGCCGCCAGACGAGCUGAGCAUUCAGAAUGCUAUUCUCACUACAAAAGGUCUCAAAACACCCGUGUGCAUUGACCCUCAAGGACAAGCCACAAAUUGGCUUCGUGUGAUGGAGCACAAUCAUCGAGAUGAGACGCGUUCCAUCAAAAUCACCACACUGAACGAUCCAAUGUUUCUUCGGACUUUGGAGAAUUGCAUCAAAUUUGGAGUUGCAAUUAUGUUUACUUCUGUUGAAGAGAGCAUCGACCCCGUGCUGAACAACAUUCUAAGCCGAGACAUCCGAAAGGACCGAGGUAGGGAAGUAGUGAUGCUAGGAGACCGAGAGGUGGAGUAUGAUCAAGGCUUCCGUCUCUACAUGACCACAAAGCUACCCAACCCACGCUUUUCGCCGAACCUCUUUAGCCAUGCCUGCAUCAUAAACUAUACUGUCACACCCAUCGGUCUUGAGGGCCAACUCCUCUCCGCUCUGGUGAAGUAUGAGCAGAAGGAAUUGGAAGACAAACGCGAAUAUCUCAUCAAAUCUACAAGUGAGAACAAGCGUAUAUUGAAGGAGUUGGAGGACCGAUUACUGCUUGAACUGGCAACCCAAACGGGCAAUAUCCUUGAUAAUUGGGAGUUAAUCGAGACGCUGGAGAAGACGAAGGCCAAGGCUGUGGAGGUGGGCAGAGCUCUCGAACAGGCCGCCGCCGUCUCCAUUGAUGUGGACAGACAGCGCAAUGCUUAUCGUCCAGCUGCUCGUCGCGGAGCAAUUCUCUUCUUCAUAAUCGCCGAUCUGGCGAUGGUGGAUCCCAUGUAUCAAUUCUCUCUCGCUGCCUUCCUACAGGUCUUUCUAAAGUCUCUCAAACGCGCUAUGCCUAACAGUUCUUUGCCGCGAAGAUUGGAAAAUAUCAAAUCCACUCUCACUUUUCUUGUCUUCUCCUAUGGUUGUACUGCCAUCUUUGAGGAGCACAAACUUCUCCUGUCCUUUCAAUUGGCCAUCCGUUUACAGCAAGACGCAAAGAAGCUCCGUCUGAAGGAGUUGAACUACUUCAUUCGUGGCAAUCUCUGUCUCACGGAUGAGUACUUUUCUCCACCCCACCCGUGGAUUCCGCCGGCUGCAUGGCGAGAUUGCCUCUACUUGUCCACGUUUUUACCGAAGAAGUUUGGAAAGCUUCCUGAGAGUGUAGUUAAACAUCCGGAGGUGUGGAAAGAGUGGUAUGAAUCGGAGGCACCGGAGAUGGGGAGGCUGCCAGGGAGGUACGAUAAACUCGCGGCGUUUUCACGCCUUUGCUUGGUUCGCACAUGGCGCAUUGACAGGGUGCCCUCAGCAAUCUCGCUCUUCAUCAAUGCCACAAUGGGGCAUAGCUACGUGGCGCCACCAAUGACCCUGCUCAAUGAGGUUCUCGUAUCGACCUCACCUACAAUCCCCAUCGUGCUCAUUGUCAAGCCUGGGUCUGAUCCACCCGCUGCACUCACAACCCUGGCACUCAGCGUUGACUUUGGAAUGAACAAGAUCAAGUACCUGUCGUUGGGGCAGGGUCAAGAGGCGGCAGCAGAAAGUCUCUUCUCCAGUUGCAUGGCAAGAGGCCACUGGCUGGUAUUUCAGAACUGCCACCUCCUACUCUCUUACACAUCGAAAUUGGAGAAGAUGCUUGAAAGUGCAAUGAAUCCGCAUCCCGACUUUCGUCUUUGGCUCACUACAGAACCGGUUACCACUUUCCCUGUUGGCCUACUUCAAAUCGCCUAUAAGGUGGUAAUGGAACCACCAAGUGGACUUCGUCAAAACAUUAUAGGGUCACUGAACAAGCUUGAUGAAACUCAAUUUGUGGCCUGUUCACACCCCAAGUACCGCUCUAUUAUGUUUGUCCUGGUCUUCCUUCACGGGAUUUUGCAAGAGCGUCGACGCUACGGGAAACUCGGAUGGAACGUUCCAUACGAUUUUGCCGAUGCCGACCUCCUUGUCUCACUACUUAUUCUGCAGAAAUCUCUUAACGAGACUGAAGAAAGUGAAGCGAUCAAGUGGCCGAGCAUUAAGUACCUGAUUGGCGAGGUAAUGUAUGGAGGACGGACAAUUGAUAACUAUGAUAGGCGUGUAUUGAAAACCUACAUGGAUGAGUACUUUGGCGACUUCCUAUUCGACGAGUUUCAACCUUUUCACUUCUAUUAUGAUGACACUGUGAACUACAUGAUCCCCGGUGAACCAGAUGGGACGAUUGAUUUUCGUGACAACUUCCUAUCAACGGUGAAUGUGUGGCCUGUGAAUCAAAAGCCUAACGUCUUUGGCCUUCAUCCCAACACUGCAAUCGGCUACGCAGCACGGUUUGCACGCAGCCUUUGGGCAAACCUGCAGAACCUACUGCCUGAAACGGAUAAUGUGGCAGGUAUUCCGGAUGCAGCUGCGCUAUCGCAUACUGCCGUUGGUGUUGGUGAGCUCCUUAGGGAAAUAGAGAAGGCUGCUAAGGAGGAGGCAAGAGCAGCAGAGCAGCUGCAAACAACAGAGGCAGAGGAGGGUCGGGAAAGGCCGCCAACACCGCCACAACCCGGAAUAGAAAGAAGGAAAAAAAAACGAAGAACCAAACAACUGAGCAUUCCUCCCUUGGAGACAGGUGUAUCACUAGUUGAAGGCGAAGCUGAAGAGGAAGGGGAAGGGGAAGAAGGAGGAGAAGAAGCUGAGUGGGUGGAGGUAGAAGGAGAGGAAGAGGAGUGGGGUUUGGAGGACGAAGAAAUGGAAACUGAAGAAUCUUCAAUGACCACACCAGAGGAUGACAGUGAAGAUAACACCACAACAGCUGAGGAGGAAGAGGAAGAGGUAGCAUUAGGAGCGGCUAAGAAGCCAAACGCAUCCUCCGCAACGACAACCACCAUGGGCGGAGGAAUAAUGUCCAAAGACGCUGUGUUAGAUGCCAUGGCGACGAGUAUUUUGUCCCGCCUUCCAAUGCCCUUCGACGUGAUUAGUUUGCGCAAGAAGCACAUGGUGGGAGAGAUCUCGCCCACCCUCGUAGUGCUCAUCCAGGAGGUGGAUCGCUUCAAUCUCAUCCUUAGGGAGAUGCGCUCCUCGCUUCGCGAGCUACAACGUGCAAUUGCCGGUGAGGUGGGGAUGUCCGCAGAAAUGGACGAUGUGGCUGCCUGCUUGGGGAGGGGUAGCAUUCCUUUCUCUUGGAGGAGGCUUGUUCCAGCUACAGAGAAGAGCCUCGCAGAAUGGCUGCAACAGCUAUUACAAAGGCACGAACAGUACAGGAACUGGUCUAAUGGGGGUAGAAGCGAGCCUCCGGUGAUGUGGCUCUCAGGUCUCCACCUUCCCCAGUCCUACCUCACGGCACUUGUGCAAAAGGCCUGUCGGAAAAAUGGGUGGGCUUUGGACAAGUGUACCAUGUCUACCUCUGUAACCGACACUCUUCCUGCCGAUAUCUCCUCCAUCCUCAUGGCACCCGAUGUCGGUUGCAAUGUGGUUGGCCUCUACCUCGAAGGAUCUGGUUGGAGUGUUGAGGUCAGUUUACUUACUUUUUGGCUUGAGCACAGCAUGGUCCACCAAUCGCCACGAAUGCUGAUACAGGAGUUGCCGGUGAUUCGUCUUACACCCAUCGAGCGUCACAAACUUAAGCUGACGGGUACCGUAGAGGUGCCUGUCUACGUGACAAGCUCGCGGCGCAAUGCCAUGGGCGAGGGCUAUGUCACCAAGUUAGACAUGCCCACCAACGAACACAAUUCCUUUUGGAUACUCGAAGGAGCUUGCAUCAUUCUUAACACUGAUUGA